GGAGUGCCUCCAGCCGCCGCCAGCUGAGUAGUCCUGCCCGCAUCCCCUCUCCCUCCCGGCCCAGGUCCUGCAGCCACUGCCCCGCACUGACUCGUCCGGCGACACGUCGUGGGACACCCCUGUGAGAGGCUCGCUCCGGCCCGCGUCACUGAGGCAGCCGUCUUUGCCCCGCCCCUGCCCAUCGCGCCGGCUCCGGCCCGCGCCCCGCAUCCCGAGCCCUUCCCGGCCCCCGGCUCCCUCCGCCGACGCGCUGCUCGGGCGGUGACGAGACCGCCGCUCCGGCCGCCCUUGGCUCACUUCGCCCAGCUCCCGCCGGAACCAUGAGCUCUGAGGAGGCGCGGCACCUGCUCUUUCAGUCUCCGAUGGCACCAAAGUCUUGUGUGUCCUCCCAAGUAUCUGAUGAUGAACAGAGAAAAAGAGAAAAUAUUCGUUCUUUAACUAUGUCUGGCCAUGUUGGUUUUGAGAGUUUGCCUGAUCAGCUGGUCAACAGAUCCAUUCAGCAAGGCUUCUGUUUUAAUAUUCUCUGUGUUGGGGAGACUGGAAUUGGAAAAUCAACGUUGAUUGAUACAUUGUUUAAUACUAAUUUUGAAGACCAUGAAUCCUCACAUUUUUGCCCACAUGUUAGACUUAAAGCUCAGACAUAUGAACUUCAAGAAAGUAAUGUUCGAUUGAAAUUGACCAUUGUGAAUACAGUGGGAUUUGGUGACCAAAUAAACAAAGAAGAGAGCUACCAACCAAUAGUUGACUACAUAGAUGCUCAGUUUGAGGCCUAUUUGCAAGAAGAACUGAAGAUCAAGCGUUCUCUCUUUAACUACCACGAUUCUCGUGUCCAUGCAUGCCUCUACUUCAUCUCUCCAACAGGCCACUCUCUGAAGACAUUGGACCUCUUAGCCAUGAAGAGCCUUGACAGCAAGGUGAAUAUUAUACCAGUGAUUGCAAAAGCAGAUGCAAUUUCUAAAACGGAAUUACAGAAGUUUAAGAUCAAGCUCAUGAGUGAAUUGGUCAGCAAUGGUGUCCAGAUAUACCAAUUCCCGACAGAUGAUGAAACUGUUGCUAAAAUCAAUGCUUCAAUGAAUGGACAUUUGCCAUUUGCUGUUGUAGGAAGUAUGGAUGAGGUAAAAGUUGGAAAUAAGCUGGUCAAAGCUCGCCAGUACCCUUGGGGUGUUGUACAAGUGGAAAAUGAAAACCACUGUGACUUUGUAAAGCUUCGGGAAAUGCUCAUUUGUACAAACAUGGAGGAUCUGCGAGAACAGACCCAUACGAGGCAUUAUGAACUGUACAGGCGUUGCAAACUGGAGGAAAUGGGCUUUGCGGAUGUGGGCCCAGAGAAUAAGCCUCUCAGUCUUCAAGAGACCUAUGAAGCCAAAAGACACGAAAUUUAUGGGGAACGUCAGAGGAAGGAAGAUGAAAUGAAGCAGAUGUUUGUGCAGCGGGUGAAGGAGAAAGAAGCCAUACUAAAAGAAGCUGAAAGAGAGCUGCAGGCCAAAUUCGAGCACCUCAAAAGAGUUCACCAAGAAGAGAGAAUGAAGCUUGAGGAGAAGAGAAGACUUUUGGAAGAAGAAAUAAUCUCUUUCUCUAAAAAGAAAGCUACCUCCGAGAUAUACCAGAACCAGACCUUUAUGGGCAGCAACCUGAAGAAGGACAAAGACCGUAAGAACUCCAAUUUUAUGUAAAACAAAGGUUCCAGAUCACAGAAGGUCAUCACAAGCAAAAGUUAUUAAAAAGUUAGAAAUAUGCUGUGAUUUUCUUGCUCAUUUUAUUUGCUGUAUCAGUUAUUUUGUAUCUGGCAAAUGGCCACAGUUACUGUCUUUUAUGGAAAAAUACUUUCAAGUAUAAGGUCAAUACAUAAACCAGAGUGGGUGAUAAGAAUUUAUGCGUCCACUACUGUGAAGUUUUAAGCUGCUGGUUUGUGAUGGAUCGAGAUCAUUGCCUCUACUGCCGACUUACUGUCACUUUGCAGAGCGCCACCACAGAGCCGUGCCACUGCCUUUGACAGCAGAGCUCGCUCACAUCAGGCUGAUUGCAUUUACGUUCUAAGAUGAACCUUUUGUUUUGUGCACACUAAAGGUAAAAUUUUGAGAAUAUGUUUUAAAAUGUAUUAUGUACCUAAAACUCUAACCUCUCAAUAGUUUUAUAGAACUUUUUAAUUUUUGAUAUGAUUAUCCAGUUAGUAACAUGAUCCUAAGCUUUUGUAUAAAAUGUUAUAUAAUAUGAUGGUCUUCCAUGCUUCAGUACACUUUAUGGUGGCUGAUGUAUGAUGAUGAAAAAAAAAAGUUUAAAAGUAAAAACACCCACGUAUAUAUACCCUUUUUCUAGUGAAAAGUACUUUUGAAUUGGUGUUAUCACAGUAUUUUUAUUAGGAUGUAUUACAUAUUUGUUGCUUAAAACUGUCUUCCAAGGGAAAAAUAAGAUUGAAUUACCUUACUAAAAAUAUUUCUAAGAAAAUAGCUAUGAGCAUCUGAAUAUUAAAGAUAUAAACAUUUAGAUAAUUCAUAUCAGUGCCUUAGUAGUAGUCUCAGAACAAUUAACUUUUUCUUAACAGUCAUAGGUAUAUAAUUUUUUUAUUUUUUGUACCUAAAUAUUCUAAAUAAAACUGACAUUUACUCUUGACAAAUAAAAUAUAUCUGCAUAUUUACUAAAAUGUGUUUACAUUAAUUUUUCUGUUUACAAACUGUCAUCAUAAGAAACAUUUUAUCAAAGUUCAUUUAAUUGUAUGUCUGAACUAUUUUAAAACAAGCAUAUUACCAGUAUUUUUCAGACAACAAAAUGUUUAAGUUAGCCUAUGUUAGAUUCUGAACAGUGCUUUUUUUAUGAAGUUGUAUAAGUUGCAAAUAAAACCUUUCAUUUUUUAGCACAA